UGGAGCUCCUCCUGUGUGUGCGUGUGCGUGUGUGUGUGGUUUUCCUUUCGAUGUUGUAAACUAAACUCCAACUGGAAAGCUUCUCACAUCAGCGACCUGACAACGAGAGAGGGAAUAAAACACACACACACACACACCAUCCUCCCAGGAAGAUACGAGAGGAAGAGCAGCCGCGUGUUCCACCCAGGGAGCUGACACAUAACCAAACACAUCUGCAGGGGGAUGGUGGUUUCCUAUGUUGGCCAGUCUUUCUCUGCACUGAGGAAACAGUGCCAGCAGAAAGGAGUCCUGUUUGAAGACCCUCUGUUCCCAACAACUGACCAGUCGCUGUUUUACCAGAGCAACCGCAUCGGGAGUGUCACCUGGAAAAGACCGAAGGAGUUAUGCAGCAACCCCCAUUUAUUUGUAGAUGGCAUCAGUGCACACGACCUGCACCAAGGCCAGCUGGGAAACUGCUGGUUUGUCGCCGCUUGCUCCAGCCUGGCCUCCAGAGAAGCUCUAUGGCGGAAGGUUAUUCCUGACUGGAAGGACCAGGAGUGGGACGAAGACAAACCUGAGUCCUAUGCCGGGAUUUUCCACUUCCGGUUUUGGCGGUUCGGUGAGUGGGUGGAUGUGGUGAUUGAUGACCGGCUGCCCACAGCGAAUGGAGAGCUCGUGUACUGCCACUCAAAUGACAGCAACGAGUUCUGGAGCGCACUUGUUGAGAAGGCAUACGCCAAGAUGUGCGGAUGCUACGAGGCGCUCGAUGGGGGCAACACUGCGGACGCUCUUGUGGAUUUCACCGGGGGUGUAUCAGAGCCCCUGGACCUGGUGGAGACAGGAUUCAAAGAUGAUAAAGAGAAACGAGACGAGCUGUUUGAGCGAGUCCUGAAAGUCCACAACAGAGAGGGCCUCAUCAGCUGCUCCAUCCGGGCGACAACCGCAGCAGACAUGGAGGCGAGGCUGGCCUGCGGGCUGGUGAAGGGUCAUGCGUACGCAGUGACGGAUGUCCGCAGGGUGAGGCUGGGCCACGGCCUGCUGGCUUACUUCAGAUCGGACAAACUCACCAUGAUCCGCAUGAGAAACCCCUGGGGACAGAGAGAGUGGAACGGGCCCUGGAGCGACAGCUCUGAGGAGUGGAAGAAGGUCAGUAGCAGUGAGAGAGAGAAGAUCGGGGUCACUGUGCAGGACGAUGGAGAAUUCUGGAUGACAUUUGAUGACUUUAUCGCCAACUUCACAGACCUCAUCCUGUGUCGUCUCAUCAACACAUCCUACCUGAGUUUCCAUAAGACCUGGGAGGAGACUGUGAUACGAGGCUCCUGGAUACGCAACGGCGACACGCUCCUCAACCGAACUGGUGGCUGCACCAACAACAAGCAAUCUUUCCUCCAGAACCCACAGUACGUGUUUGACGUGAAGAAGCCCGAGGAUGAGAUAUUGAUCUGUCUGCAGCAGAAGGACCGCAGGGCGUCCCUGAGAGAAGGACGAGGAGAAAACCUGGCUAUUGGCUUUGAUAUACACAGGGUGGAGUUAAACAGGACUUACCGUAUGCAUGCUACCCAGGAGAAGGUUGGUGGGAGCACCUACAUCAACUCGAGGUCUGUGUCUGUUCGGCUCGAGCUGAAAGAGGGGAGAUACGUCAUCAUACCCACAACCUUUGACCCCGGUCUGGAGGGAGAAUUCCUGCUCCGCAUCUUCACCGACGUGCCGUCCAACUGCAAAGAGCUAACUCUAGACAAGCCUCCAAAGACAUGCUGGAGCGGUUUGUGUGGUUAUCCCUCUCUGGUCACUCAGGUCCACAUACUGAGGGCUGCUGGACUCGCAGGACAAGACUCUGAUGGAGCGUCGGACCCCUACGUGAUAAUUAGUUGUGAAGGACAGAAGGUGCGCUCUCCGGUCAAUAAGGACACACGGAGCCCCGCCUUUGACACCAAGGGGCUCUUCUACAGGAAGAAGGUCAAGCAGCCAAUCAGCAUCAAGCUCUACAACCACAACCUGCUGAUUGACUCCUUCCUCGGUCAGGUGACCAUGCCGGCUGAGCAAGGUAGUUUCCAGCAGACGCUCCACCUGAAGGGAAGGGGCGAUCGCAGUGACAGCGACCUGCCCGGAACCAUCACUGUUGCCAUAGUGACCAGCUCACUGCUCACCACCAUCUGAGACAGAGCAGUAAAACCGUGCUGUCAGGGGUUCACUCCCACUAUUGUAUUGAAGUUUACCAAAUCAAGAGUUUACCACUAAAGAUUAGUUUGAGUAAAUAUUCUCAAAGACUACGUCUGUUAAAUAGAGGCAUGCCACAAAGAGAUCAUAGGAUCUGAUAAAAAUAUAAACACAGCAAAACUAAUAAGCUCGAUGCUAUGAAAUGUGUGUCUACAUAUCGAUUUACAGUCCUUUUUAGGGAGUAUCUGAAAUCCUUCAUGUCUGAGAGAGAUACUGCAAAUCAUUCCCAUCGAGGAUAUAAACAUUGUUUACACUUUUUAAGUAUGGGAGUCCUUUUUUCCUCUGGUCGAAUCUCAAGUCUUAUCUUUUAUGUCCUUUUAUACUGCCUUUUUAUAUUUCCUUCUUUUCAUUUCCUUCUUUUUGUUGUAUUUUACUCCCUUGAAAAGGUAUUUAUGGCAUAGAAGUCGAAAAAGAAAAGUGUUGCCAAAGCAUCUUACAUUUUAUUAAUAAUAUCGUGUUAUAUUUGUAUAUUGUCUUAAUGAUUCUCAUGUCGUCUUUAAAGCACUUUUUAUUGCCUUGUUUUGAAAGGUGCUCCAUAAAUAAACUUCCCUUUCCUUGAAGCGUAACACCUUCUUCAUACACAGCCUGCCAUGAGAAAUCAUCUUUAAUUUCAAUUUAAGAUUCAGGCGACUUCAUUAAUCCCAGAUUAAUCACUACCGAGUCAUUGAAUGUCAUCACAAUUAGAGUGAUACAUUAAAUGAGUCAUAACGCCAAUGCUAACCCUAUCUAAGACAUGCUGCAGGUAACCCACUCUGGAAUUGGAGCUAAUUUUAUCAAACUCUGUGAGGCACCACUUUCUCCUCACUCUUUAAAAUGUCUCAGUACUUGUGAUUAAUCUGCUUGAACAAUCCAUACAAUAUUUAAAGUUUCCAUCUGUGAACCCAAAUCUGACUCCUGCCCAUUCUGCACCUCCUACGGGACUGAGUGAGACAACAACCCCCAUUCCCGCCCACUGUAAGGGCCAGUGAGUGUUUUUGGAGACUUGCGCCAAUUUCACACCUCCCUGAAAAAAAAGGGUUUUUAUCUAUAAAGUCUUCUUUAUCUCCAGAGAGAGCCCGACAAAAUCUGAUGAAUUGUCUCCUAAUUUAAAACCACUAUGAGUUAAACGUUGUCUCUCUGCAGUUUAGUUCUGGACAGGAUUAAUGAAAAGGUGAAAUCGGCCAGUCGUGCCUCGAGCUCCUGGCCAGACUGUUCAAUAUAUAUAUUUAAUAUCUGACUCAAAGACGACUGUGUGUUCCUCCCCUCUAUGUUUUUGAAAACAUCCAAUAAGUGAUUUCCACUAUCAUGUUUUGUUUUAUACAAACUGUUUCUAUCUGUGGUGUUUCUGCUUAAAAUUUGCCCCUGAAAACAAAUUUGUCAGACUGUAUUAUUAUCUUCAACCAACAAAUGGAAAGUUUCCUGAUGCAUAAAAAAUGGUGCAUUCAGGUCAGUCUUUAUUGUUGUGAAUAAAAAACACAGUCUUUAAA